CGAAGAAGGAUCUUGUUUCGUUAAAUUAGCAGAUCAACAAUGUGGUCAAAGCAAACGCAUUAUGAAAGAGGGAAAGACCAACCGGAAAAGACCAGCAUUGACAAGCAGUUCAGAGGAGCGUGAAUGAGAAUGACAGAUGGAUCAAAAACAAAAUAUCAUUGGGCAGUAGACAUCUCCGACAGAAUGGCUAUUCCAAGUCCAAUCUACGCACUUAAUCAGAACCCUAGCUACAGCUGAUGAUACAAACUGAUACACACCCAAGCAGAUGCCCCCACAACGAGAGCACCCGUCGCCAUCACGACGUUUUUCUGGGUCAGCUUGAGCUAUUUUCAAAGGAUCGUAAUCGGCUUCCCAGGGAAUGGCGAAGAUGCCAGGCCGUACCUGUCGCGCCAAGCCUCCACUGCAAGACACAACAAUGCAACCUGUACUCAAUAGACUGUUGACCCAACGUCGCCAGGGAAACAUACAUUCUGUACAAUACUGUGCAAAGGAUACUCAGCACCACCUUGCACCCAGCACUUUCUGUGCGGCCAGACAAGGCAAAGUUUGUUACGCAUCUCUGAUCAUUUGUUAAGGGGCCUUCAGUGGGGGGGGGUAUUGAUAUGUUCCAAACAUGGUCAGCCAAAAGCCUGUCCAAUAUCACGUUGUGACAGAAAUUACCCAAUCUUCACCACUGAAUUGUGUCAUGUGACUGUUUUAAGGGAUUUAAGCGAUGAUGGGAGGCGCUAAAGAUGCGUGUCGCCGUGCCCGGCCCACGAAUCACUUUCCCUCUCGUCGUCGUGGAAUGUACGGUGACGAAGUGUCAAUUGAAAACCCUGCUCUUAGGCAGUCUAAGACGUAGAGUGUCAGUAUUUGAAAAGAUCCAAGGAUUCUCCUUUUUUCGAAAUAAUUCAGGGGGAUAAGAAUCUGGCCAUUCUGAAUCAGCCUUUCCUCGGGAGCAGACUGUUCCAGGUUUUGGUCCCUUGAAUCUCUUUUGUUGACAGUUUCAUGCUUGCACUUAACAACAGUUUAAGAGCCAUGCGAUUGAGUUUCGUGCUGCUGCUCGUCCUACUGGCGGGGAUUGCGCUGGCCUAUCCCACCCGUGGACGAGGUGGCCGCGGGCGUGAAGGCAGACUGGGUGGAAGUAGGCGGCCUGGAGAACGUAGACCUGUCGGGGGCGGGCCAGGAUUCGGACGUCCGCGAACCGGUGAUGAGGAAGAUGGCGGUGAAGGAGAAGAUGAAGCAGGCAUGGAGCCCGGCGAGGGAGGGGACAACUCCACCUCCACCGGACCCGGUGGCAGGCCCUUUGGGCGGCCCGGGCCUGGUCGCAGACCUGGUCGACGCCCUGCCAGACCCGGUGACGAGGACGACGCUGGCUGUGAUCGUGAAGACGGGGAGGACACACCGACCGGCGAAGGAGGUGGCGACGGGGAGGGAGGCGAGGUUCUUGGUGAUGGAGACGCGAGUGACGGGGCAAUGCAGCCCACUGACGGUGACGGGAGAGAGGAGAAUACCCCACCCGUCGGUGAUGGUGACAAUGGAGCUAUACCCAGUGGCGUGUAAACCAUUAAUGUUUGCAUGCACAAAAUUCUUGUAAUGCAAGAAAACUUCAUUUUAUAACUAUCCUGUAGGCUGUAGCAUUGCAAUGAAUAACUCAAAGACGUACUAUGUUAUGGUCUUACACCCUGCCCCCUUAAGGUUCCGAUUCUUCGAUGGAGCCUCGCAUCAUUCUGCCCUUCUGACGGCCAGCGGCGUGACGGGGGGGGUGUGCAGCCCCUCCUUUGAAAAAGUGUCGUCCCCCAGUCGCCUCCCACUUGCAUAUCCUGAUGUGAUCACAAUUAUGCAUUUGUGUACAUGUAUAUUACGUCCAAAAUCCAGUCAGCCUCCCACUUUAGCGUGAAGACCACCGCUCCCCCCCCCGCUCAGCAUCCUGGCUACGCCACUGCUGUCGGCCCAUCUGACGGCGCCAUCAGCCAGCUUGCUCAGGACCUGAGUUAACAACCUCGUCUCAGCGGAGCAAGAGGUGUAUUCAUCCUUGUCACGACGACGCUGCUAAAGGAGUAAACAAGCAGAUGAUACGAAGAUGCGUCUCCUUUACUGGAGGCCAACAUCGCUCUAUCAGGCAUUGAAUCAAACUACAUGUAUAAAAUGGAGGCUACGAGCACAUGACACUCUCACGAACCCUGAACCCUGUUGUCACUGUUUUAGGAUUUCGCACGGAUACUAUAGGUGACUUUUCUUGGUGGUCGAGGACAUACAACGAUACUGCAAUAAAGAAAGCAGUGCUUCCUGUAUUUUCCUAGCAUGUUUAUUUGUACUUAUUUUCAAGUUCAACAACCAAAAAUCAGCCAUGCCGAUGGUGUUAUUCGACAACCAGAAUUAGACACCAUUACUGCAGUGGCACAAAUAGGUGGUACGCGCGCGCGUUACAUGCCUCUUCGACCAAUAGGAUAUCAUGAGUUACCAAAAGCACGCGCGCGUCAAACUGAAGAAUGUGCUUUGUUGCAUGCCCUCGAGAGACAAUUUUUCAA